CCUGUGUGUAGCUAAUUGUUCUCUGUUCCCAUGACUCACGUAAACAAAGAAACGUGACUCGAACAUAGAAGACACCAAGAUGGCGAACCACGUUAUGCCUAAGUUUUCUACUUGGACUAAAGAGACUUACAUCAACCCCAGCAACAUGCCAGAGAACAGAUUUUAUACGCCAAGCUUAUUUUCUAACUUUGGUCAUAUUCAAGACCAUGGCGCUGGCAGGGAGAAGUGGUUUAAUGACUAUCGUAGGUCUACCAUCGCACAAAGAACACUUCGCAAUGGACAAUUGUCUAUGAAUCCACCACCUAUUCGCCCUACAGCUUAUUCAGACGACCCUGAUAGAGUUCUUGGAAAAAGAAAAAUGAGAAGAGAAGCUGUUUUGAACAAACCUCGUCAUCAUUUAACCAACAGAAUUCCUGACCGAGAACGCGAUCGAUCUCAAAUCGACGAUAUUACAUUCCAGCAUCGACAACAGUACAGAGAUCAAAGUGAGACAUUGUAUGAACAUCGAUUGCCGUAUUUUCAUUAUCCUACCGAAGCCCAGGACCAGUUUUUGCCACGUGUACGACAACGAAGUGAUUAUAUGGGUAACUACCCGAAUAAUCGCCGAGCUGCUUUGGAGUAUACCUACGAUAAAGAACGAGGACCAAAACAUUUUGAACUCUGGCACAAGGUUUAAUAAUAAAGGGGAAAAAAACAAUUUAUUAUAUAAUGAUUUAGUUAUUUUACUCAUAGAAUAUUGGAAGGUUUAUAAUUUAGUAUACAAUGUCCACAAGAUAUAUUCGAUUGCACUUCGUAUUAAAUUGAAACAUUAUUCAGAAUUGAAACGUUCAGUAGUUCUUGUGCUCUUUGAGUUAAAUGCUGGCUGGGAUAUUCACCAAUUUUUUUGUUGAGGAAUGCAUGGGAGAGGGACUUCAUAGGUUUAUGAAUUUCUCAAUUGUGUUUGUUGAUCAGUAAUUAUAUCGUUUGGUAUUCAUUGUCUUUGUUUUGGUUCCCAGGGCGUCCUUGGACACCGUUGUUAAGGGCAAUUAUCAUAAUCCGUGCCGCAUUAUAUAUAGGCUUAUGUUAUAAUUGCUUUUCAUGUAAUUAGAGUUUUGUGGCAUUUAUUUAAUACUUUUUCCUCAAAUAUCAAGGAAUAUUCAAAACUUUGGUCWCUGAACUGCAAAUGGCGUUCUGUGUGACAACUUAGGGACUCUUAGGAUAUUGCGUGACUGAAGUGAAAAAAAUAUUUUACGUUUUCUUUAGAAUGCAAUUUGAAAUAAACAAUUCUGAGAAAAGUGGGGUGCUUUUCAAACGUUAUGAGUCCUGGCAAUCUUAACACAAUAUUGCUUAGUUGCCAUUGAAGCAAGACGUUAUUUAUGCAAUGGGGUAAAAUAAGACAUUUAUGCUGUUCAAGCAAACAGAGUAGAUCAAAGUAGAGGUGGUCUGAAGGUAAGUGAGUUGUUUGUUCGUCUUGGUCACUACCCYGGGUUUGAUUCUUAGAUGAGGCAAUCAUGUUGUAUUCUUAAUAAUAGACAAGACCCUACAGUCUYAUUAAGAUGCUCAUCACUUUGGGGCUACUAUUACAAACUGCAAAGUUAUAUGUGACUUUGUUUGAUGGCAAAAAAUGAACAAUUAUUAGGAACAUUAAAGCUAAUGAUUGAAUGAUCACUAGUGAGACCACAAGAUAAACUAAUAUACAUGWCAUGAAAAGCUUUAUCAGUUUAUCAUUGCUUCCAAGGACUUAAUGCAUUUACUGCGUAAUGUGUUCCAUUCAUUUCUAACUCAUUUAUURAUGGAAAAUAUUUACAAAUGUAUUCUUGUAAGUAGUUUGAAACUUCAUGAAGUUAAAUAAUUUUAAAAUGUUGUUUAAAUUUGUCCCCAUCCACAUUUGUUGUUUCUGGUGUCAUCGUAUAGAGAGAAAUCAAAAUGUCCAUGAUAAUAAAUAUAAUAAACUGUCUUUCAACAAAUUUCAGCAAGCAAGAAGUUAUUGUCCAACAAUAGAAUUAUAUAAAUCUGCUUUGUAUGGCUCGUUUUGAUCAUGAUGACUUAAUAAU